UUUGUUUAAAAGUUUAAUAAGAUUUUAAAAUUAAUAAAGAUGAAAAGGUUCUUUACAAAGUAGAAUUUAAUGAACAAUCUAGGAAGAAUAAUAUAUGGCUUCUUAGUACUUAUAUUAGCAAUUUUACUCAUAGUUUUUUCUGCAGUAAUUAGCAACUCAUAUAGUUCAAAUGAUAUAGAUUUAUCCUAAAUUUUAGAAAAUUGGGAGGAAUACCCAAUCUUUAAUUUAUAUUAGCCAUAUUCUGAUUCAACUUAAUGCAACUAAGGAGAUGAAUCCAUCUUUCUAUAUUAAUGGCCUGGAACUAGUGCGGGUUGUUAAUGUAAUGAUUCGACAUUUACAACUAAUUUAUGUUGUGGUGUGUCUGGUAAUAGCGGAUCUUGCUGUAAUGGAACACCCAUUUAAUAAAUAAAUUCAGAAGCUCUUAGAUACUGGGAUAUGAGUUUAGACGCAAGCUAACCCAAUCCAUAAAUUAUUUGUGGUGAAAAGCUGUUUGGAUACAAUUUUAGAACAAACGCUCGCUACAAUAAUGAAUGUCCAUCUAAUCUAAAAACCUGUGGUUCAGAUUCUAAUUUCGUAUUCUGUGUCCCAUAUGAAAAAGAAUGUCCCAUUCAGGAAGUGCGAUUCGAGAUACAGGAAUUUGAAGAUAAGACAUAUGAGAAUUUCUAGUUAAAUAUCCAACAAAAUACAUAUUUCAUUUAUAUUAAAAGGACAUAUUAAAGCAAAUUACCAAUUGUAUAAUUUAGAGUGAGUAAUCAUUUGUCAGCAUGCUAAGAUGAAUAGCUAUCUUACAUUCCUUAAUUAGAUUCUAUUUUUGAUCUUAGAAGUACAAAUUGUUCUCUCUCAAAAUAGUAUUUUUACACAGAUUUAUCUUUAUUAGAGGAGGACUACUUUUCAAUCCAUAAUAUAUCAAAUUAGCUUCUAAGCUUGCCUUCCUUCUCCUUUAAUACAAAUUAUCCUUUCAGGUUACUAAGUGAAAGUUACUACACCACUUAAUAGCAAUGCUUGUAGUAUAUGGAAUCAUUUUAUUCAAUUAAUUCAAAGAUGAAUUCAAUUUCAACUGCUGCGUAUGUUACUUUUAUACUUUGCUUGAUAUAUGGUUUAGAAUUACUUGUUAUCGAAACUUGGAUUGGAUUUAUUUAUAAUAAAUAUUUGUGGGGACUUAUUUUUAUGAGAAAAAAAGUUAAUCUCAUUUGGAAAAUUAUUUAUUCAAUCAAGUUUAUUUUGUUUGUAGCCUGCAUAACAUCUUCUUUUGUCCUUGCUUACUUAUACAAUAAAGAGUACAAUUUUUUUCAAAAUUAGAUAUCUGAGAGCUGCUUUGAUGGGGAAGCAAAUUAUUAAUUCCAACUUUAGAUAAAUAACAUGUAUCCCGGUUUAAUUACUGGACUAAUUAUUGUUAUCUUUAUAUUAUUUUUUAUUGAACCAAAUGUUUGGUAUAUCUUAAUCACUUGUUAUAAUCCUGGAUAAUAUGAAAAGGUAAGCCAUAAUUCUUUAGUUUCUACAGAAUAGCUCGAUGAUAAAAAAGGUUCUUAAGAUUUAAUGAUAACAAAUCCUAGCAAAUAAAUAUAAUACCCUAUUGAUUAUCAAAUAACUAAUAAUGAACAAGCUAUUGAGCAGAAAUAAAAUAAUAACUAAAAUUAAGUCUUAAAUAACGAAAUCCCAUAAAACUAAGUCCAUAUUAUCCCUAAUGUUCCUCUCUAAUAAUAAUAAUAAUAGUAAAUAUAAUAAUAAUAAUAAUAUUUAUCUUAAUAAUAAUUUUACUAAUUUUAAUAUGGAUUUAAAUAAAUAUAAUAGAAUGGACAACAAUAAUUUGUGUAAUAAAACUUAAUGCCUAAUGGAGAAUAUAAUCUGCCUUAAUAAAAUUAUUAAAAUAAUAAUCCAAGCUAAAAUAUAUCUAUCUACUAAACUAACAGAUAAUUUAUCUCUUCAAACGAUGUUUAAAUUCAGAUGUAAAACAUUUAUUAAAAUUAAGAAAACUUGUAAAGAUAAUAAAGAAAUAUUGAAGAAGAGUACGAAACAUAACCAAAACCAGGUGUAUGA